GGGGAGGGCGCGGCCAUGGCUGGGGACGGGGCGGAGGAGGAAGAUGAGGAGGGGGAAAUGCUGGCGGGGCCCCCGCCGCAGCCCAAUGGGUUCCUCCCGGGGAAGGAGGCCGAGCGCGGCAGCCACGCGGCCGGGGCGGAUGCUGGGGCGCUCCCGGAGGCGCAGGCCAUGCUGCCUUCCCCGGGCUCGGGCGUGGCGCGGCCGCCCAUCCGGCUCUCCCGGCGCAGGCUGGUCGUGCUGGCCGUGUUCAGCCUCUACUCGCUGGUGAACGCCUUCCAGUGGAUCCAGUACAGCAUCCUGAGCAGCGUCUUCGUGCACUUCUACCGCGCCUCCUACACCCGCGUGGACUGGCUCUCCAUGGUCUACAUGGUGGCCUACGUGCCGCUCAUCCUGCCGGCCACCUGGCUGCUGGACACCCGCGGCCUGCGCCUCACCGCCCUGCUGGGCUCCGGCCUCAACUGCUUGGGCGCCUGGCUGAAGUGUGCCAGCGUCCGGCAGGACCUCUACCCGCUCACCCUGCUGGCCCAGACCGUGUGCGCGGUGGCCCAGGUCUUCAUCCUGGGGCUGCCCUCCCGCAUCGCCGCUGUCUGGUUUGGGCCUAAGGAAGUGUCCACUGCCUGCGCUGUGGCCGUGCUGGGCAACCAGCUUGGCACGGCAAUUGGCUUCUUGUUACCACCAGUUUUGGUUCCAAACACAGUUGAUGAUAUUGAUCUAAUGGGGCAUAAUAUCAGCAUCAUGUUCUAUGGAACAGCAGCAGUAUCCACACUUUUAUUCUUAUUAACAGGAGUUGUGUUUGAUGAAAAGCCUAAAUUUCCUCCAAGCCAGGCUCAAGCAGUUCUCCAGGACAUUCCUCCUGAAGAUUACUCUUAUAAACAAUCAAUAAUUAACCUGUUCAGAAAUAUUCCUUUUGUGCUUUUGCUGAUCAGUUAUGGUAUGAUGACUGGGGCAUUUUAUUCUGUCUCCACAUUAUUGAACCAAAUGAUAGUGACAUAUUAUGUGGGAGAAGAAGUGAAUGCUGGGAGGAUUGGCUUGACACUGGUGGUAGCAGGAAUGGUGGGUUCCAUUAUUUGCGGUUUGUGGCUGGAUUACACCAAAACAUACAAACAGACUACUUUAAUCGUUUACAUUCUCUCAUUUGUUGGAAUGACCAUAUUUACUUUCACCCUGGACAUUGGAAAGCUUGUAAUAGUGUUUGUGACUGGAGGAGUGCUUGGCUUCUUCAUGACAGGUUAUCUCCCGCUUGGCUUUGAGUUUGCUGUGGAAAUUACGUACCCAGAGUCUGAAGGCACUUCAUCAGGACUCCUUAAUGCUUCAGCACAGAUAUUUGGGAUUCUCUUUACGCUGGUUCAAGGAAAGCUCAUAACAGAUUAUGACCCUCGUGCGGGAAACCUUUUCCUCUGUGCAUGGAUGUUUGUAGGCAUUAUUUUAACAGCCUUAAUCAAAUCUGAUUUGCGGAGACACACUGUAAAUUCUGGGAUUUUGAACACAGACAUUAAAGCUGUACCAGUUGACAGUCCUACAGAACAUGAAAAGAAUAACACUGUGUUAAAAAAACAGCCAGAAUCAGCCAUGUGA